AUGGGGCGGCAUAUGGUCAAGUUUGACGCCCCAGAUUACGCUGGCUGCGAUACCCAGUGCACGCGUUACUUUAUCCGGGGCGCCGUGGCCCUCCGGGCAUAUCUGAUCUGUGGUGUGAUAGCAGCAUGUGAUACGUGUUUAAAAUUAUGCAUCUGCUCUGCAUUAGACCUAGUGAUUGUCAAGCUGGAGCCCUCCGACACGGUGCCCGGGACCUGGGUUCAUCCUACGGGUGUGCACGAGGGAGCUGAGGGGCUGAGUUCCCUGCACGAGCUGGUGGCACAAGCGCAAGCGGCUGCUGACGCCCCCCUGUACUCAAACCAGGCUGCUGGCCGUCAAGCAUCGCAAGGGAGACCAGGGUUGCCGACGGACAACAAGUGGUUAGAGGGCCAAAAAUUACCACAGUUCUCCGAUGAGGUGCAGCCUCUGCUGCAUGGGGGCGAGCUGACCCGGGAAGAGCACCACAGGCUGGCCAAACAGUUCCGCCGUGAGAUCAUCGACUUUCUGAACAGCCGCAACUUGAUAUCGGACACAAGCAGUGGCGGCCGCCGCUGGAAGUACCACUACCUGGGCCUAACACUCGCAUCCCAGUUUCCAAAGCUCCAGUGGGACUUCAGAGGACACAGAGCGUCUCACGGCGACCACACCAAAGCCAAGUCAAGGUUUCUCUCGAAGUUGGCCGAGGCUCGUCGUCACCAGCAUGCCAGGGCCAAGUCAAGGGAAGUGACGGUGCCCCUCGAGCCCUCCUCCUGAAACCAGUGGCUCGAGCUAUACUUCAACUGCCUGAAAGUGGUUCAUGCAUAAUGGAAAGAAAGCUUUCUUUCCAGUAUGCCUGUUUCCAUGGAACUGAUUUGCCUUAAACUUGGAACAAGAAAACUGCUCAAGGAGCACAGACCAUUGGAAAGAGGAGAAAGCAGUAUUACUCGCAUUAACAUUGUUGAAUGACUGAGUGAUAUGAUGAACAAGAAGUGCGCAAUAUUACCAUCAACUUACGUUUUUUUAUGUGAAAUUUGAAAAUAUAGAUGAGAUGUUA